UAUGAUGAUUUUUUUUCAGAUUUGUACAAUGGCCAAAGCUUAUUCCUAGGCACCACUUCUAGUUGUAAGCAGUGUUAGCAGUGCUAAAAUUUCACCAAUAGUUUUUAAUUGUCAACUAUUCUGUACAAUUCUAAAUCUACAGCAUUCCUUUGUACACUGAGACUGGUGUAUUAUUUUUUUUAAACUGAACAAACAAUUCGAAAUGGCAACACAAGAAGAUCGAUCACUUGGAUCUGGAAUUACCAUUCCGAAGUGGAUGAAGAGUAAAAUGAAUGACAAAUUUGACUUGGAUCAAAGUACUUUUUCACCAACCGAAUUGGAUGACAGUUUCAUGCUCUAUUAUAAACGCCCAUCAGCAGUCAGCACAGCUGGGGAUUCCAACGUAAUCGCCAAUCUGCAAAACACAAUUACAGUGGCCCAGGUUAACAAAAAUAAACAAGAUUUUUCUCAGCAUCCGGCUCCCUGUCAGAAAUAUCUUCAAUUUGGCAAAGAUGUGAGCCCUCCUCCUCAAACCACUCCGCAGAUGAAAAUAAAAUCAUCUGGAACUGAUGAUGGAUUCAAAGGUGAGGCCGCCAAAUGUGGUAGUUCCAUUAUCAGGGUCGCCAGUCAGAUGGUCUCUGGAAAAGUGAUUCACGGAUUCACUCUAUCAGAAAAUAACAAUUGUGAUGGAUCCCAGCCACUGGAGAAAUAUGAUGGACAAAAAAGGAGAGGAAGUAAAUCCUUGCCAGCAUCGCCUCUAACAUCACCCCAUUCUUCUCCUAAGUCAAACAGAAAAGUAAUUAAUAAAUAUUUCACUGGGGCCUUUACCGACGUUGAUAGAUCGAAAGGUGGUUGGAUCUUAUCGAAUUUACUGGCAAAACGUGAAAUGUCUGCAUCUGUGGAUCGCAUCGUAGAAUCUAAGGAAGAAUUGGAAAGGUCAUCUUCUACAGCUAGCAUAGAUGAUGUGGGUUUGAAAAAGUCGCCAGUAUUCAAGGCUAAACCUUCUGAACUCAGAGAGAUGAACUUCUGGUCUCCUACAUCAAUGUAGUCAAUUUUUAUAUAUUUUGACCACAGAUCUGUUGCUCUUUAUUCAGUCUGUAAGGUUAUUCUUGUAAGAUAUUGUUCAUGGCAUAAUUUUUAUAUUUAUUUCUCUCUUAUAUAAGACUAGACUAAAGCGUGGAAUUUAGUAUUAAUAACCUGCAUACCAUUUUAAGUAAGGAAAUUCAAUUAUC